AUGAAAAAUAAUAAUCAGAAAACAGUGGUGAAGGUUUCACGUCUCCCGACCAUUUUCCAAACAUUGGGUCUCGAGUAUGACGAGAAGGUUCUUCCUUCGAUUGGAAACGAGGUCUUUAAAGCUGUAGUUGCUCAGUUCAAUGCUGAUCAGCUCCUAACAGAGCGUCCUCAAAUGUCAGCACUCGUCCGUGACUCUCUCAUCAAGCAUGCCAAGGACUUCAACAUUGAGCUUGACGAUGUUGCCAUCACGCAUUUGUCAUACGGUUUGGAGUUCUCGAGGGCAGUAGAGGCAAAGCAAGUGGUUCAGCAGGAAGCGGAGAGGUCCAAGUUUGUGGUGAUGAAGGCUGAUCAGGAGAGGAGAGUUGUGGUUGUUAGAGCUGAAGGUGAGAGUGAAGCUGCUCAGUUGAUUUUUGAUGAAGCUGCUAAAGCAGGAAUGGGACUGAUCGAACUCAGGAGGAUUGAGGCUUCAAGGGAGGUUGCAGUUACACUGGCUAGGUCUCCAAACAUAGUGUACUUACCCGGUGGACAAAUCAUGCUCUUAACCUGA